ACUGCGGGUUUUAUUUUGAAAACCGAAACUUUAUUUUGGAUAAGACAGGAAGUAGUGCGCUAAAAUAUUCCACAUAGCUUAACUUUCUGUUUCCGCCAUGAGGAAUGAAAACGAGAGAAAGAGAGGUUGGAGAACCGUCGAAGACGCACUUUUAAUUGUCCUGCCUUCUCCUAAUGACAACCACCUGCUUGGUCAUGUCUUAAUUGAUGCCUGGAAACUGUGAAGCUCCAGCCCUUGCGUUCAACAAGGUUGACCAGCGAUCCUGUUGAUGGCGAGCCUCCCAGUCGAACUUUGAGCCUCCACCACACCAUUCAGAGGAUCCUGUGGUAGGAUUGUGUCAGUCCCACUGACCAACACUGAUGAGAGCGUACUUGGAUACUUUCCUGUGACUUGACUACUCCCUUGACUUAUUGACCUUAACUUUGAUUGGAUCCACAACGAACCAGUUCCACAGGAAUACUUUAAAUGGACAUUUUAUGUUUUUUUUUGUCAGUUUAUUGGGCCUAUAGGUAUUGUACUGUAAUUAUGUUGUGCACUGUCUAAAUAGUUUUCUAAAACUGAAAGUUCACAAUAACAGCAUAUACCUGUGUCCAGCGGUUAUUGCUAUUACUCCUAGCUCCUAUGAACCUAGGUAGUGACGUGUACAUACUCAGAAGUGGGUUACACUAAUAUCAUUUAUUGUGUAAUUAAUGUAUGGAAGAGCUCGAACUGAAAAGGCAAGCAGAAAUCUGUUGUUCUAAAAACCAAAUUCUGCAUAGUUUGAUGUUUUUUAGCCUGUGAGUGUGGAGGAGGUAAGAGACAAGCUUGACUGAAAAUUCCAAUGAGUAGAAUCUGCUAAAACACACUGAAAGCGUUGAAUUAGUGUUUGUGAUGUCGUUUAUUCUGCAGAGUGGUCAAAUUAGAGGGUAAAAGCGCUAAAACCAAAAAGACUUGUGAUAAGAACAAAAAAGUAACGAAUAAAAGAGAAGAAUAAAACAGUUGUGAUAAAAGUAAAAGACAAAAAGAGUUUUUUGACUAAAAGUAAAAGAGACGUGUUUUUACUAAAGAUCAUCAUUUGUGGCAUAAAAGAGUGAUAGCUACCGAGACAGUGAGUUUUGACUCCAUCUAGUGGUUGUUUCAAGGAAGAACAAGUACGGGAAGUUGGAAUUCAUUCUGACCCGGCGUCUGCAGACAAAUCUGAGAAACAAUUUGGUCUAAAACAAAAAACACACAGACGCCACAACAUGUAUGGGAAGUGGAUAGUGAUAGGAGGGUUAUCAGUAAUCACAUUACUGAUAGUCCUACUACUUCCUUCAAGGAGGAGUGAAACUGAUUGGACCACCCACACUCACAAUAUAGAGAAACGCAGUAGCUCUAACAAACCUGCUCAAUAUGGGGCCAAACUGACUAUUGAGAUAACAAAAGGAGAGACCACAACUGUAACCUUUGACCUGUGCUCAGUGAUAGAAUGUGGAUCAAAUCAAAUUGAUUGGAAGGGCUAUGAUGUGUAUAUGUGUCCAUUUGUGUGGGGGGUACCUACAAACAAUCCCUGGUGUGGUACAUGGGAUAUGGUGUGGUGGAAUUCAGGUCCAAACAGUUACACAAACUCUCAGUCAGGAGAAUUUGGUAAAUUACAACGCAAUGUGAAUCUGGUUCGUGGUCUAGUGACGAGGGAUAACAGCUACCAAAAUCCUAUAAUCUUGACCAUUAGGGACAUUGAAAAGUCCCCCUUUGCAAGAUCACCUAACAAUGAUGGGAAUGAUUUCUACCUCAUCUUAGGAGUAGACGUGAGCGGAAAUGACCCAAUGAGCCUAAUUAGGGUCAGUCUGAAGGAACCAAAUGAAACGAGUUCCCAAGGCAAAGAUCAAUCCACACUUACCUAUGUAAAUGUUACCUCAACUGAAGAUGUAGUGCAGGUUGAGACAGGGUAUGGGGCAAAGAAUGCAUGGCUCGAUUGGGUCCACUAUGCUGCACGCUCACUUGACAUAACUGAUUGCAUUCUUUGCUCUACUGCCAGGCCGACACCUUAUACAACGCCUGCUCCUCUGCUAUAUCAUUCAGACCGACAAGGCUUUGACUGCAUGCUUGCUUUACAUAUGUAUACAGAACCUACUAACUGCAUUGCUCUGAGUUCUCUCUUCCCAGUAACCUCCAAUAAUGCUAUGCUUCCAGUCUUCCAGCCUCAAGAGGGAAAUUACACCUGCCUGACACGCCAGGCUUCUAAAUCAGUGGGUGAGAUACAAAACAGUUGGUGUGGAGUGAUUUUAGAUGUUACCACUUGGUCUAACAUGACUAGGCUUGCCAUUUCCAGGGCUGACUUGUACUGGUACUGUGGAGGAUUGAAACUACUAAAUACCCUGCCCCGAAAAUGGUCAGGUACGUGUACUAUUGUACGCUUGGCUAUUCCCCUCACCAUGAUAGGUCACAGGAACAGGUCUGCCCUGAAAAGUCCCACACAUCCCACACGGAAGGCACGCUCCACAUCUAGUUUUGAUCUCCCCACAAAUUCUCCCACUUACAUUGCUGCAAUUGGUAUCCCCAGAGGUGUUCCAGAUGAGUAUAAAUUGGCUAACCCUAUUGCAAACAGUUUUGAAUCAAUUCUCCCACAGACCACCACUAACAACAAUGUAGAGCGUAUAAAUUAUGUGCAUUACAAUGCACAACGAUUGGCUAAUCCCAGAGGAGAUGCAGUAGCCAGACUCCCUGGACAGCUCUCGUCAACUUCUCCUAUGUGUGGUGAGAAUAGGAUGGCUCAAGACAUGCUUUUGGCUGAGAAAGGCGGAGUAUGUGCUAUGUUUGGUUCUUCCUGCUGCACUUUUAUUCCCGAUAACACAGGUCCGGGUGGCUCGGUGACGAGAGCCCUGGACGGCCUCAGGAGCCUGUCAGAUAAGAUGGCAAGACACUCCGGGACCACAGACCCUUCUGGAGACUGGCUCUAUAAAAUCUUUGGGGAGUAUAAAGCUUUGUUUCUCUCACUAAUGAUUUCCAUUGCUGUGAUAUUAACUUGUGGAUGUUGCUCCAUCCUAUGCCUGCGCAAGCUGAUUAACCGUCAGAUUACUGCUGCAUUGACCAGGGAAGCUCUUCCUCCUCCCGACCAGAUGUCUUCCUUAACAAAGGCAACAGACAUCUCACGUGUUGAUCUAGAUGAUGCUCUGAAGCAAAUGGAGGACGUUAACCUUGAUUCCUCUGUGAAAAGCUCUGCUGUAUGAAGUAACAUCAGGCAAAAGGAGGAAAGGAAGCUAGAUUUUGAUUCACACUGUAAACAGUGUGACAGGAGGGAUUGUUAGUGUUGGGAUUUAUUAUUUUUACUACUAUCAAAUAUACAAUCAUUUAUUAAUGUUUUACAACUGAUCAAUGUUAUCCUUUUACUACUAUUUUACUACUAAUGAAUAUGUAAUCCACUUAGACACACACAUUGCAUUGUGCGCUAAAUAAAGGGGUUGUAUUGACCUGUGAAUGAAUGGGAGGGUCUCAAACAUUAUCUCACAACAUGUUAAUUGGGGUAAAACGGAGUUGAAUAGCACCAGGUCAAACAGAGGGUAAAGCACACCAGCUUACACUCAACACACAUCAGACACACAAACAUGCACUGCAGACACACAUUGUCUCAUGCAUGCUCGCUGCACGCUCACACACACCAGCUGCUUCUCAUUGAAGGCCACACUUGCUUUCAGAACAUCAUGUGAAAGAAAAUAAAACUCACAAAGCGCAUACGAUUGGAGACAUGCUUCACCCAAAUCAAUGAGAGCACCGUCAUGCAACUUUAACAGGAAGACUACAAGUGACCAUUUAGGACUGUGCCCUUAGGCUAUGGCUAAUAACAAAGACACUAAGACACCUGUUAAUCUUUCAUAGUAGGGAGGGUUUCCCCUUCUCUUACAGGUUGUCAGGAACUGAUGAUUAAUUGGAGGAUCGAAUGGCGAGAAGAUGUGGUCAUGUCUGUCCACCAGCGAGAGAGAGCCAAGUCUAAACCACGGCUCAUCUCCAUCAGUUUUUGACCAAUGAGAUUGUAGCACAUUUCAUAAAUACACACUGUAUACUCAAUAUUGAGACGCCUGCAGAUUAACACCUUUGUUAUCUAUAGUCCUCUGAGCAGUGUUGGUCCUUGAUAUCAAGCUACUUGUAGCAGAAUAAACAGUUUUAAUUGAGAGAA